AUGAAUUCAGAAAGUCCAACUAACAGCAAAACUUCUAUUUGGAGUGCUCAUGAUUACGACUCACGAGUCUCGGACCUUACGUUGUUGAUUGAAAGCUGCGAGUUCAGAGUUCAUAAAGAUGUAUUGCAAAGAUCAUGUGACUACUUCAGAGCCAUGUUUUCAUCGCAAAUGGUCGAGACCACAAAAGAAGUAAUAACUUUAAAGUCAUUUAUGGCUGAGCCUUGUAAAGUUCUCUUUGAAGGCUGUUAUACUGGGACGCUACCGCUCACAGAGGCUAAUAUUUUCUCUGUAACAGAGACAGCACACAUGUUCAAUACUUACACUCUAUUGUUUUGUCAAUGUACUCAGUAUCUUACAAAUUUGAUAAAUCUUAAUAUGGUAUUUGAUAUCAUGCACUUUUCUGAAAGCCUCUGCCUCAAUGAUGUUUAUAGCUCAGCAAGAAAAUUCUGUCUUGGUCAUUUCAUGGAAAUGUCGUGCUCCAGCUCAUUUUUAGGGUUAUCUGUGCCUGAGUUGUGUGAUUACCUGUCUGACAAAUAUUUAGCGGUGGAAGAAGAGGUACAUGUUGUUAGAGCGGUCUCUUCUUGGCUCGAACAUAAUGAGAGUGACAAGUUAACCAGGAGUAUGGUCCAACAGAUAGUUAAUGCCUGUAUUUAUAAGAAACAUGAUUGUGGUGGUAGCAAAGCCAUUAUUGGACAUUUGAUGGAAGUUGCAGGAGGCAGUAGAGACCUUUGCUUGGACCUUAUAUCGGUGAGCAGUUUGAAAUCUCUUUGUUGUAUGCUUAAUUUGCUGGUAAAUGUAAAUUUUUGGGUAUUUUUUGCUUAGUUUCAUGUUGUUUUUGUUUUUUUUAAAUUUAAGAGCACAUUUAAAAAGUUGGAUGAGUCAUUUCAGUUAAAAUGCCCAAAAUACCAAGUCUCCAAUGUUUCUUUCUUGCUAAUUGGAAUCUAAACUCUUGAAAAAUGCUUCUAAAGGGAACAAUUUAAAUUAAUCUAGGAAUGACUCAUCUUCAAUCUCAUGUUGUUCACUAGGCUGAUUGCUUUUCUUGUUGGCACUCUGUUAUAGAAAACAAAUAGUCAAACGUCAUUAUUACUCAUUUUUUGUACGGUAAAAUUGGAAUAAGACUGUCAAUGGAUACCCAACAAAAGCCUGGGAUAUUCUUGGAUAUAUGAUUUUAAGAAAUAAUUUUAAAAAAUUAUUUAAAAAAAAAAAAAAAAAUUUCACCCUCUAUUGCCUUUAGUGCUCUCUGUCGCAAACAAUAUUCCACUAGUGCCUGUCUGCUAUGCCAGGUGCUGACAUGUAAGGAUUUUCAUGUAUGAAAAUCAGUUCUUUUGGGGUAUCAGUUUCAGAAAAAUUGUCAAAAUAUAGGGAUUCUGAGGUGGGAAUUAAAAAGUGUUAUUAUAAGUCACUAGAGUUACCACAAUUAUUUUGCUGCCUUUUCGGAUACUGCUUUCCAGCUAAUUCUGUUUUUACUGUUUGCUCGCUGAUGAAGGCUUCCUGCCGACAUGUUCGUUGUUUUGUAGCUUUCAUUUUUUCAGGUUUUCCUAUACUUUUGUCUCACUCAUUUCCUUUUUUGCUGACCAAAUUGCAGUCUCUCCCCCUUAUUACCAAUUGUGUUAGCUGACCACUCAUAGGCCUGAUAACUCUGAAGAUAAUUCCAAUUGUAUCACUUUUGCUUUAGAGGGGAAAUUUUAUUUCAAAGCUGAUCCCAUUGUUAUUCCUUAAUGAAAUUUUUCAGUGUUACCUGACUGAGCGUACAAAGCCAAAGGACAUGUUUUUUUUCUGGUCACAGUUCGAGCCAAGCCAUCACGAUGGACUUGUUGACAUCAUCAAAGUUUCCCCUACAACAUGGGAAGGGGUGAAAUUUGACCAAAUGACUGAUGUUGAACAGCGACCAGGUUACGAUAUGGGAUCAGCCGUGUGCACUAAUGGUGAAAAUAUUUAAUGUUUAAAUGAUUUGAAUCCUCUGAACGUUAUUCAGUGUAAUGUUAUGAGUAAAACAGAGUAUGGUUAAACCUGAAAAAACGCGUUUUUCCUUAAACAUCGAUCUAUACUACUCGCAGACACCGACACACGAGAAAUUUUCUCUUCCCCACCUCUCAUUGUUUUCAGACGGGAUAAAAAUCUGAGAGACCUGCUUGUACGCAGUCGUAUCAAUGCUCCCCCCUCCCACUUUGGGACCAAGCCGUGUGGACGCAGUCGUUGCAACACGUGCCCUUUUGUCGUCCAGACUGAACGCAUACGUUUCCCCAAGGGCAGUUUUCAGAUACGCGACGGUUUCCUCUGUACAAGCCGCAACGUUAUCUACGCCAUUGUCUGCACCCGCUGUCAGAUGACAUACAUAGGGGAGACUGGACGCCGUCUCUCGGACAGGUGUACCGAACACCUCCGAAACAUUACACAAGAUAAACAGUGUCCCGUCUCCAAACACUUCAAUAGUAGCGACCACCAGGGCAAGGCGGACUUUUCAAUAAGUGCGAUUGUGGCUAGCACUAACACCGCCAGCCGGGUCAAUUUGGAACACAGACUUAUCCUGACUUACGGCACUUUGACGCCAGAUGGGAUUAAUGUUAUGUCUCUGUUCACAGCUUGACCCUAGCUCCGCCCCUUCACGUUCUCACCUAUCACAGUGAACAUUUUUCUCCCCCCUUUUUUUCGCCGCUGCUUAUUUAAACUCUCUCUCAUUUUCCUUCUGCCACACUUCUAUUGCUGCCCACAGAUACUACUUACCAGCUAAGUGCUAUUUCUUAUUUUUAAAACGUUUUUUCUGUUGUUUUGUUCGCUGACGAAGGCUUUCUGCCGACACGUUCGCUGUUUUGUUGCGUUUAAUUUUUCAGGUUUAACCAUACUCUGUUUUACUCAUUUUAUUUUGUACUAACCUGAUUGAAGUCUCUCCCCUUAAUACCCCUCAGUGUAAUGUUACUCAGAUUACUGGUUCAGUUCAUUGUGUCAUGAUGAUACCACAUUUAACAUUUCAAUUAUUUUGAAUUAUCAAUCCUUGAAACAAAGUUAAGUAAGUCUUAAAGACAUUGCCAUUGUCUCCAAAUACACCUUCAUUUACAUUGGCUUUCUAGAUCACAGAGACACUGCUAACGAUUAUUCAUAAGGAAUGGCAUCAGCCGAAGCUCUUAUUGACCCCUGUGAAGGUGCACCCCUGAGAUGUUUGACCCUAGUGGUGAGCCACCCGGCUACCCCAGGAGUGGCUUCCUUUUUAGCCCUACAUAGUACGCAGUCCAACUUCAGAUUCCUAUGCCUCCCUGGGGGCUAAUAGUAAUUCUAUGUCGGCCACUAUAGAUCAGAUCCUAGGAGUGUUUAAAUUUUAAAAGGGUGCCAGGCACUACAGGUCCUCAACUAGUGACAAGGAAAAAAUGGCUAAAAACAUUUCUCCAUGAUAGUAUUACAUAAAGUUGUCAAUAAGUUUAACAUACCGAACACAAAUCAUGACAGGUCAUGUGAGCAGAUACUUCAUAAGAAGUAAAUAGAUUUACAGCUUAAGAAAUGAGACUUCUUUUCCUGACAUUUUUUUUUAUAAUUACUAGCUUCAUUUUAAAGUAAAUUAAAGAGUGCUUCAUAUCAAAAGAUUUGGAAAAUAACAUUAUACUGAAAAUGAUAUGCAUAUUAAUAAUUUCUAAUAAGAUUUAUUGUCUUUCAGGCCUGUAUGUUUUCUUGUCUGGUGGGGGUUCCAAAUUCGGAAGUGUGUUGUGGAUCAAAAACAUUUGGUGUUUUGACUUUUCUGCACCACCACCUCGGUGGAAAGUUGUUGGGGAUUUGAAGGAAACACGGCGGCAUCAUGCUAUGGUGGCUGUUGGUGGCAGGCUCUAUCUAUUUGGUGGAUUUGGAAAGUUUAGAUGUAAAAAUACUAAACUUGAGUGCUUUGAUCUUGUGACAGGUAGUUUAAAGUUUAUUUUCUCUUCUUUGCUUAACUUUAUUGUGACAGGUAGUUAGAGUUUGUUUUCUUAGCUUUACUAAACUUUAUUGUGAGUUUUUAAAAUUUACACAUUAAUUGAAAACUCUGGUUUUAAUGAAAGUUAUUGGUUUAAAUUAAAAAGUUAACAUAACUAAAAAUAAAAAAAAAUUCUUGGAAGGGUGUAAACAGAAAUAUGGAAUCAGUUUUAUUGUUUAUGGUGUGAAUCUGAAAAGUAUGUGAUAUAAUCCUUUUUUUUCCCCCAGGAACUUGGGAGAAUUUGCCAGAAAUGCCAACACACGAAGUCAACCCAGUAACAGCAGUCCACCAACAUAACAUUUUCUACAUUGAAAGGCAAUGGAAUAUUUUGUGUUUUGACUCACAUGUGAAGCAGUGGAAACAAUUUGAAUUGAAUUUUUCUAUUCCCAGAAAUUAUUUACCUGUAAGUUUGCACAUUGACCCCAGGACCCCUGACACAUUCCUGGCCGUUUUUAGAGAAUGGACAAAAUUCAGUUUAAAGUCUCUGCAUUUAAACACAGCAUCUGGGAUUACUUGCGUUGGACCAGGGGCAUCAUCUGGGAUCACUUGUGUUGAUCUAGGUGCAUGGG